CCUGCCUGUUUCGGAGUCUUCUUUUGUUGUCCACAGCUUCCUCUACUUCUCCCUUGCCCUCUCUCUCUCUCUCUCUCUCUGUCUCCAGAGACUUGUGCUUCUUUCCCUGUCAUGGCUGCUCUAGCUUUUGCAGUUCUCAUGUUGGCCAUGAUCGGUGGAUCAGAGGGUGCUUGGUGUAUCUGUAAGCCUGAGCUGGGUGACACUGCUCUGCAGAAGACACUGGACUAUGCUUGUGGAGCUGGGGCUGACUGCACCCCCAUCCUCCAAAAUGGAGCUUGUUACAGUCCCAACACAGUGAAAGACCAUUGCUCGUAUGCUGUGAACAGUUACUACCAGAGGAAGGGGCAGACACAACAGGCUUGUGAUUUCUCAAGCACUGCUACUCUUACUACCACGGAUCCUAGUAAGAAUGGUUGCACUUACCCUGCAACUCCCAGCGCUGCAGGCACAAGCAAUUCUACACCAGCAACAAGCACCCCGGGCACAAGUCCCGGCACCUUCACUCCAACCACCGGAGGACUGAGUGGAUUAGGGCCCACGAGCAGCAUUUCCACCGACAAUAUCAAUGGUGGUUUCCUCCCAAAGGCAGGGAUGGAUUCCCUCCUCCUCCUCCUCCUGAUUGCCAUUUGCUCAGGGAUGGGUUUGUUGGGUUGAUGAACAGCUGUAGUGGAAGUCAGAUGCUGAGUAUUUAUUGAGAGCUGAUGGCUGUGCAAAAAGUUGGGUGAUCCCGUUGUUGUAAAAUGGUUUGAUCCAGAGACAUUUCUCAUCUAUUCCAUGUUCCUUCUUUCCCAAGUGGACAGAAGAAUCGAUUCCAUUUUGAGUGCUA